AUGGUUCCAGUAUCUCGGUCCCUUGCAGAUGACCUGACGAUACUGGAGAUCGCUUUUGGAGUCAUUUGCUGGAAUGUAAUUUGUUCUUCGUUCGUUUUUGUUUUCUGUAUAAUAACCAUGAAAUGUUGCAGUAUUACUAUAACCGCCAUAAUUUUCUACAACUUUAAUACCAACUCAUAUUCCAUCAAAUCCAUUAAAAAAUCGAUUGUUCUAUAUAAAACGCUUUGCAUGAAAAACUUCCAACUUGUUCUAACGCUGCUCAAAUAUAGAUACCAGUUUGCAGGAGAAUUUGACAUACACGCUCGAAGCAAAAGAACAGAACGACAUCUACAUAGAAAUGUUGGAUCUAUCAGGGAGGUGGAUGUUGUUGGCGGUCUGCACGUUCGGUACCUCGCUGGCGGGCAGUGCGCAAAUUUUGUUCACCCUCAUAUACCGAGACCUGGGGUGUUUGUUGGUAUGGCAAUAAAAAAGUUUGGAUGUCGUGUCGUAUGCAUAUGUGGGACCCUGCUCACCUCUUUGGGAUUUUUCUUAACAUUCUUCGCGACGAGCGUGGUUCAUUUAUUUUUUUCUUACGGUUUUCUAGCAGGAUUCGGUAUAGACACUAUAGUGUCUUCAUGUUACGUCAAUGCCAUGGUAAAUUUCGAAGAUCGAAGAACCUUGGCAGGUGCAGUGACGAGUGUUGGAUACUCUUUGGGGGCGGUCUUCAUCGGGCCAGUUACAAGGUACUUGUUUGAACUGCACACGUGGCGUGGAGUUCUUCUGCUGUUCGCCGGCUUCACAUUGCACAUGCUUCCUGCUGUUGCGUUUGCCUUCAAACCAAAGAGUUCCAUCACAUCCAGGAAAUCAACUGUUGUCCCAACUUUAUCAUCGGUUGUAAAGAAAAAUGACACCAAAGCAGACCAGGAUGGCGUGGUAGUAAGUAUGCAGAGGAGUUUUUCAGGGCCAUCUGCAGAAAUACAACUUCCUGCUCUAACAUUUCGACAAAUAUUUCGGGAUCCUGCAUUUGUUUGUUAUUUACUGAGUUGUUUCUUUUUGUUCGUCGGAACAAUAGUUUGCAUAAACCACUACCCAAGUCGCGCACAGAUGAUUGGAAUAGACAGGAAGCUCAUCAGCUACUUGCCAGUGGCCACAGAUGGCAUGGCUAUCUUCUCUAAAGUGAUAAUGGCAAUUUCAACUUUCUAUUUCAAGUACAACACGAAAUUUGUGUUCACGUUGGCUCUUCUGGCGUCCGGUCUUUUAUACGUGGCAAUUUAUUUCUGCAGAACAUUUCCUUCAUUGAUGUUGCACAGUGGUGCGCGCUCCUCAAUGAAUUUUGAAAACAGAUGGGUCUUGAGAUCCGCUCUGAACUUCGCAAGUGAUGGAAAAGUAGUCAGAGAAGUAGGUAGAGAGUUCCAGAGAAAAGGACCAGAAAAAGCAAAAGCAGAUUUGGCAAAAGAGUGUUUAACACGAGUUAAGAAAAAGCGAGAAGAAAAAGACGAGCGUAAACUGGGGCGUUUAGGUGAGCAUGGCAACUGGGAUGGCGGAAAUCCCGAAGGGCUUAGUAAAACCUUAUUUAUGGCAAUGGGAAUAUUAUGGAAUGAGGAAUCGCUGUUCGGGAAUUGUGAUUGA